UAAAUUGUCCAUAGGUAUGAAUGUGAGUGUGAAUGGUUGUUUGUCUAUAUGUGCCCUGCGAUUGGCUGGCGACCAGUCCAGGGUUUACCUCGCCUCUUGUCCAACUCAGCUGGGAUAGGCUCCAGCAUACCCGCGUGACCCUAGUGAGCAUAAGCGGCAUAGAAAGUGGAUGGAUGGAUGGAUGUAUUUCGAAUUGUUUUCUGCAUGUAAAACUAUAAAAACGUGUUUUGUGUUUGAAUUUUUGGAUUAAUUUGAUUAAAAUUAUUUUUUAUGGGAAAAUCUAAUCAGAGAAUAUGUUUUGGUUAGAGUCGGGCCUUCUGGAAUGGAUUAAUGAUGCUAACCAAGGUUCCACUGUAAUUAACUUAACUAUAAAAAAGCUUCAUUAUCAACUUAAAAUUUUGGGAUAAUAAUAAACAUGCGUUCUUCAAUACAAAUACGAAUUAAUAAAUACAUUUUAUUUAACGUUGUAUUCUAUUGUAUGUUUUUUCUGGAUUUGUUCCGCUCAAGCACGUUCAUACCGCCCUCUAGUGGUCCAACACUACAACCCUUUCUUUCUGGUUUUAUCAAAUUUUUCAUUGCGGCUGUUGAGAACAUCCGCAGCAUCCUUUGAGGGGAAAACCCCACCAAAGUUUCAAGGUGAAUCUUAGCGCCACUGUGUGCGCACAUAUCUCGACCCACAUGCCUCUCUUCUUCCCUCAUUUUCUUCUAACAUUCAUUUUAUGAUUCACAAGUACCAUAAUGUCUGUAUCUGUAAAAUUAAGUUGAAAACGUACUGCAGCAGGUCGCGCUGGCACAGAAGACGCUGCUGUUGGAGUUCUGCGUGUUGGAAAUGAUUAAACAGAAACGUGUUCUACUUGCAUGGGAAACCGAAAGUAUCUAGCGCGCUCAAAACUUUCGCUUUCGGUUACAUAAGACGUGAACCUAACUGGUGGUCCCUUUGAGUUUUAGUUUUGUAAACUUCAUCUGACAGCGGAAUGGCCGUCUGACGGCAGUCGGACUUUUUUUGGAGUUGCUACCGUGUGAUGAAGAUGAACGAAGGGCACAAGAAGCACCUGAAAGAGUGGCUCUUAGCUCAGGUGGAAAGUGGUGCGUUUGAGGGCCUGCGUUGGGAAGACGAGGAGAAAACCAUGUUCCGGAUCCCCUGGAAGCAUGCUGCCAAGAAGGACUACAAGGAGACGGACGAUGCUGCUCUCUUCAAGGCCUGGGCCUUGCACAAGGGCAAACACAGGGAGGGAAAGGAUCGAGCCAACCCCACCGUGUGGAAGACCCGUCUGCGGUGUGCACUUAAUAAGAGCACAGACUUCCAAAUGGUCCCUGAACUCAGCCAGCUGGACAUCUCUGAACCUUAUAAAGUAUACCGCAUCCAGCGAGAUGAGUCGCCACAGACAAAGGAUAGCAUGACCAUCCAAGUUAAGGCAUCGCCAAGGAGUCCCGGUGUCCUAGAAAUCGAGGAAUCAUUUCAAGCCUGUCAAGAAGAACCAGAAGAAGAACAACAACAUAAUGAGCUAAUAAGGGACCAUAUGUAUUGUGAGCCGACUGGGAAAAAAAGUCCCACUCAGCACUCUGCUUUGUUGACCUUCUGCAGCUCUAUUCACACCAUAUCAGAUUUUAGAAUGCAAGUGACAUUGUUGUACCACGGCCACAGUGUGAUGAGAUGUACCACUAAGAGUCCAGACGGGUGCUUUAUCGUGCAGGGUCGUGGUCCUGUAGGAAGUGAGCGUAUAUAUGGGCCUUGCACCGCACAACAGAUUUCCUUUCCUUCACCAAACUCCUUACACACAUCGUCAUACUUGUUGGAAGCGAUAAACCGCCUUCUGUGCCAUCUGGAAAGGGGUGUACUCUUAUGGGUUGCCCCUGACGGGGUGUUCAUCAAGCGGUUCUGCCAGGGCAGGGUGUACUGGAGUGGCCCCAUGGCCCCACACACUGAUCGGCCCAACAAAUUGGAGCGAGAGAAGACCUUGAAAUUGCUUGAUACUUCAAAAUUUCUCAACGAUCUUCAGAGCUGUUUUCAAGGAAAGGGAACACCACCACUGUAUAGGAUAGAACUCUGCUUUGGAGAGGAGUACCCGGACCCAGCAACCCCUAAAACCAGGAAGCUCGUCAUGGUUCAGGUGGUGCCCAUGUUUGCGGUGGAUCUGCUGCAGAGAUUCAGCUUGGAGGAGAUGAAGAACACCACCGACGGCCCCGACACAAAUGAUGGGAAAGCUGAGAAAGUCCAUGCUGCAGGGAGGCCGUUAUGAACCAGCCAAAGGUUUAUUUCUUCCUUUUACUGCCAUGGAAAACAGCAAAGAGCAGAAUUUUCCAAGAGAAAUGUUUGUAUAUGUUUCUGUAUGGGAAAUCUGUGAUCUUUUAGCACUGUAGAGCCUCUGAAGUCAAAUGCUUCGCUGGGUUAAACUAUUUGGGUUUUGCUUUUUCUUUGUCUUUGUGAUGGCAAAGGAAAAAAUAACUUCUGCUCUGAUUUUUUUGAAAGUUCCAAAAUAGUACACACAACUCUAUAUUGGUUGCUGAGCACAAUAAUGCAAAGUCAACAAUAAGAAUGAAAUGUGCAUGGAAUAGUGAGGCGCAUAUGUGAGGAAGCGUCCGCCCCACGUUUUAUUGUUUUUAAGUUUAUUAUGAACUGUGGUUAACUUCUCCUUAUGCUUAUAUGGCAGCUGAGAGUGUUAAAAAAAUGAGAUUGAUAAAUCAUUAUGUGACUCACCUUCCAUGAAGUAUCCUCCUUCUGCAAGAAAAAGAAAAUCUUAUCCGAACAAGGAACGGAUAGUGUUUGACUGAGGUUCCACGGUAUUGCAUUUUGCAUUUCUCUUCAACCAGACAAGAUACUUGCAUAUUUUUGUAACCUAAUAAAAGUUGUAAAUCAAGUGUUUUGCAAAGCUGUUUUCAACCAGUGCUGGGAAUAAA